CGAGCCCCCUCCGCGGCUCCGCCUGCUCCCGUCGCGAACCCCCCCUUCGGCCCUUCCUCCCUCCCCCGCCGCCUGCCUCGUCCAGAGCACCCCCGCUCCGAACUCCUCUUCUUCCUCGCUGCGCCUCGCCGCCGGCGAACUCACCGCCGGCGACGGGGCCCAACAAGCCGAGGCAUCUUUUGAGUUUCGACAGGAGCUUUCCCCUCUGGACUGUUGCCAUCCUCUUCCCAUUCUGUUUUACCGGACUUGCGUGGAUCCAUCCAGACUUGGAUUACUUUGUUCCAAGGUUUUUUGGUGCAAAUCAUGGGGAAGUUUAUGCGUGACCAUCCACUGGUAUCUCCUAGUGAAGUAAAUGGGCAUCACUAUACUCUUGCAGCCGUUGCUGUCGGCUUGGGACUAGGAGUUGCUGGGUUAUGCAAGGCAUUGUAUAAUGGUUCAUCGAUAUCAUGGGUCUCUCCGAGGAAUUUAUUUUUGGGAUCAGGGAGAGUAUACUAUGCUGGAGGUCUACGAAAUCUUGGCAAUAAUUGCUUUCUUAAUGUCAUCCUGCAGGCACUUGCCAGCUGUGAUAGUUUUGUUUCCUUUCUAGAUAAUCUGCUUGCAACUGAUGGCUUGCUACCUGAAGAAAAGGCUGAAAGAAUGCCUCUUCUUCUUGCUCUAAGUUCUCUCUUGCAAGACUUGAGCAUAGUUCGAGAUGAAAGAAUUGUAUUGAAUCCACAUGGAGUAAUGCAUGCUUUGAGUUUCUAUGUUAGUCACUUCAGUUUGACCAGACAGCAGGAUGCUUCAGAAGCUUUUCUUCAUCUUUUGAUCUCACUGCGGGAUGAAUUUUCCCAUUGUUAUGUACCACAUAGGAGUUCUCUGGCAGACAUCACUCUGUCUCACUCUAAAGUAUACAAGCAAAGGGAAGGUAACCAGACUGAAUGCAAGCGCUGGAAACAAAAUCUAUUUGGCCCAUUUGAUGGGACAAUCGGCAGCAUAUUAUCUUGCAGAAACUGUUCAUCUGUGCUAUCGUUGGACUUCCAGAAUUUCCAAUGCCUGCCUCUCUCACCAGUGCUUAAUACAAAUGGAGAUAUUACCAGUGGGUGUAGUUUGGUGGAUUGCCUAAAGUACUUCACUGUGGUGGAACAUCUUGACAAUUAUCGUUGUGAUCGUUGUUGGCAUAUUACUGCUGCCAAGUAUCUAUCUCUCAAAUCAGAAGCUGAUGAGGAAAAAGUUAGCAAACUUAACACCUGUGUCGACUAUGGCACUUGCAGUUGCAGGGGUAUAUUUUCCCCAGAGGAAAUACCAUGUUCAUCACCUUCACGAGCAACAAAGCAGUUGGUUAUCGUUCAAUGUCCGAAGAUUUUGUGCAUUCAUUUGCUACGUGCUUCAGUUAGUCCUGAUGGUGAGCCCAUCAAACAUCAGGGACAUAUUUCUUUUCCUUUACUUCUCAAUCUAUCCCCAUUUGCGGGAGGUGCAUCGAGCAUUGGGCGAGGGCCUGGACCUUUGGCAAUGAACGUGCAAAGAGAUGGCCAGCAAGCUCUCCAUCUAUACCGACAACUGAAUAUGCAGAUGAGCUUGAAUCUAAUACCUACUGGAGGGAACUCAAUUCACGUGACAAAUGUUGAUGUGGCUAGUAGUUCAUCAUCAUCACUGCAGCCAUCACCAUCACCAUCACCAUCAAGGAGCAAGUUAUACGGUCUUUCAGCCGUCGUGGAGCACUACGGGAAAUGCGGAGGAGGGCACUAUGCAGUUUACAGGAGAAUUGCAUCAAAUCCUGAUCCUGAGGAUCCAGGGCAACCUCUUGCAGGUCUUGGCAAACGGUGGUUUUACAUUUCAGAUGGUCACGUAUCAGAAGUUUCAGAGGAUGAUGUUUUGGGUGCGGAGGCCACCCUUCUUUUCUAUGAAAGAGUGUAGCAGCUUAUUAAGUUGCAAACAUACCAUGGUACGAAAGUAAGUGUAGCAGCUUAUUAAGUUGCAAACAUACCAUGGUACGAAAGUAAGAGCUGCGGAUUGUUGUCAAGAGUUGGUUGGGUUUUUCUUUGCUCAAACGAGAGAAUAAAAAUUAGGCCUUCACUGUUUUGUACUAUUGUACGCAGCAAUCCGCAGAUUGCACGAAUUUUGUUCCAGUAGCGAUAAAAUCUUUGAAUCAACUGAGUCAUCCUUUGUUUCA